AAAAAAAAAAAUCACUCCGUAUUAUUUUUAUUUAUCUUAAUUCCAGCUGCUACCCUUCUCCUUAGUUUCGGCAAAUUGCACAAUUUGUCAAGCAUCACACAUUCACAUUAUUCACACACAUAUAAUCAUAUAUAUAUUCACACCAAAAUUGUGUGCCCUAUUUCAUUUUGGCCCCUCUGCCCCUUAUUGUCUUCAUUUUUGGCCCCUUUUUUCUGCUUUUUCUUCAAGAUUUCAAGGGUUUUACAAGAAAAGAGUGUGAAAGGGGGAUAAGAAAAAAUCCCAAAAAAAAGAUUUUUAUUUUUUAAUAUUUAUAACUAAUUAAUUUUUCUAUAAAUUGACUGAUGGCUGGAGAGGGUAUAGUUAUUUCUUCUGGUACAGAUUUACCAGUGAAGAGACCUAGAGAAGAAGAAGAAAACAUGAGUGAGAAAAUUGUUAAUGGAGCUUCUUCUGUUUCAAUGGAGGCUGAAGAUGAUAAAAAACCCAAUUCUAUUUCUUCAAUUAUUCCUGGGUGGUUUUCUGAGAUUAGCCCAAUGUGGCCUGGUGAAGCACAUUCUUUGAAAGUGGAGAAAAUUCUGUUUCAGGAAAAGUCAAAGUAUCAGGAUGUCAUAGUCUUUCAGUCAUCAACCUAUGGGAAAGUUCUUGUAUUAGAUGGAGUAAUUCAGCUCACUGAGAGGGAUGAGUGUGCUUACCAAGAGAUGAUCAGUCAUCUCCCACUCUGCUCUAUUUCCAAUCCCAAAAAGGUUCUGGUCAUUGGAGGAGGAGAUGGAGGCGUCUUGCGAGAAGUAGCUCGCCAUUCAUCAGUUGAGCUUAUAGAUAUUUGUGAAAUUGAUGAGAUGGUAGUAACGGUUUCUAAGCAGUUUUUCCCUGAGGUAGCUGUUGGAUAUGAUGAUCCUCGAGUAAAAUUGCAUAUUGGUGAUGGAGUUGCAUUUUUGAAGGCGGCUGCGGAGGGGACUUAUGAUGCAGUCAUCGUGGAUUCAUCUGAUCCGAUAGGUCCAGCACAAGAGCUCUUUGAGAAGCCCUUUUUUGAGUCAGUCGCAAAGGCACUGCGACCCGGAGGGGUUGUGUGCACCCAGGCCGAAAGUAUAUGGCUUCACAUGCAUAUUAUUGAAGAUAUUGUCUCAAACUGCCGUCAGAUUUUCAAGGGCUCCGUGAACUAUGCAUGGACUACUGUUCCUACAUAUCCUAGUGGGGUGAUUGGCUUCAUGCUUUGUUCUACUGAGGGGCCAGAAGUUGAUUUUAAGCAUCCAGUGAACCCUAUUGAUAAAGUUGAAGAUCAUGGAAAGACAGAGAGACCUUUGAAAUUUUACAACUCAGAGCUUCAUUCGGCCGCUUUCUGCUUGCCCUCUUUUGCAAAGAGAGUUAUUGAGGCAAAAUCCAAGUAAUCUUGGUCUGCUAUGGAUACCGUGUUUCCAUUAAAAGGAAAAUUUCAUAUGGGCUCAAGCAGAGAAUAAAGAUUUAUUUUUCUCUUUCUGUUUUUUUUUUCCCGACAUUUCAAGCAGACAAGCUUUCUAGUCAUUAGGGAUGUCAUAACAGUAUUUGUUGAAAUUUCUUUCCCCUUUAACAAAACUGAGAGAAAUCAUGAUAACAAAUUUGUUAGCUUGUUUCACCUGUAGUUUUAUAAUGAUAAAGGAAGGGUGUCAUGACUCAUGAGGAUUUAAUCAGCAAUAUUGUCUCGAGUUUGGAGAAGAGUAUCUGAAUUC